AUUUUUUUUUUUUUUUUUCGUAAAUAUGCGCAACUAGACUCGGCAAUAUUUUGCUCCGUCAAUGUUAAUCCACCAAGACUCUCUGCUCGAGGCGUAACUAAAGUACAAACCAUGGCGCUGUUGAAUUUGUUGUUGCUGGUGUUCGUGGGGUGCGUGCUUUUUUUGAUUCACCUGCUGAUUCGGCAGCACACGUAUUGGAAGAGUCGAAAACUCCUCCACGUGGGUUUUCCACCCAUCAUAAACAUGAACACAGCUCUGUUCUUCCGACAGAGAUCCUUCCCGGAGCACUCCAAGUUCUUGCACAGCCUCCACCCGAACGCCAAGUAUUACGGCACCUUUGAUUUCAACACACCUGCCAUCGUGGUCAAGGAUCCUGAACUGAUUCGCGACAUUUUCAUCAAGAACUUUGAGUACUUUCCCGAUCACCGGAGCUUCGUUACCGAAGAGAUGGACCCCAUCGUGGGUCGCAACGUUUUUUCCCUCAAGGGCCAACGCUGGAAGGACGUGAGGAGCACCUUGAGUCCCAGUUUCACGGCCAACAAGAUGAAAUUCAUGUUCCAGUUGGUUUCUGAGUGCUCGAGAGAGUUUGUGCAGUACUUCGUGAAUAAUCCCGACUCGGCGAAAAACGUAGAAGCCAAGGACGCGUUCACCAGGUACACUAAUGACGUGAUAGCAACCGCUGCGUUUGGGAUCCAAGUUAAUUCGAUGAGAGAUCGCGAGAACGAGUUUUACGUUUACGGCAAGGAUGCCACUUCGUUCGGGACAGUUUGCAGGUUGAUCAAGUUCAUGCUGUUCCGGGCGUUUCCGAACGUCAUGCGAAUGUCUGGUGAGAAGUUCUUGUCAAGGUCGACCGAUAGAUUCUUCAAGCAACUGGUGACCAACACGGUUAAAACGAGAGAGGAGAAGGGUAUCGUGAGACCGGACAUGAUUCACUUGUUGAUGCAAGCCAAGGACAAGAAAGAUGGCAUCGAGUUCACCAUAGACGACAUCAUCGGCCAAGCGUUUAUUUUCUUUUUGGCUGGAUUUGACGUGUCGUCGACUCUCAUGUGCUUCGUUGCUUACGAGUUGGCUGCGCAUCCAGAAAUACAAGAAAGAGUGCAGGAAGACAUCGACAAACAGUUGGAGCAAGAGAACGGACUAUUGACUUACGAGUCCUUGGGGCGGAUCAAGUAUUUGGAUAUGGUUAUCAACGAGACCUUAAGAAAGUAUCCACCGACACCGAUGACGGACAGGGUUUGUGCCAAAGAGUUUGUUAUUCCAUCGUCCAUGGAUGGAUAUCCGGAGUAUAAAGUGGAAGUGGGGACCAACAUUAUUAUGCCGAUAUACGGACUUCAUCACGAUCCGAGGUUCUUUCCUGACCCGGAAAAAUUUAUACCCGAGCGGUUUGACGAUGAAAACAAAAACAACAUCAAUCCGUACGUGUACGUACCUUUCGGCCUUGGUCCGAGAAAGUGCAUUGGGAAUCGAUUUGCGCUCAUGGAGACGAAGAUUUUGAUUGUGCAUAUUUUGAAAAAGUUCAAUAUCAAGUUUACAAGCAAAUCAAAGUAUCCUAUUGUUUUUUGUAAAAAAACGUUCAAUUUGAAUAUUGAAGGUGGUUUUUGGCUUGGACUCGAAGAAAGAAAAAUAACUAAUUGAGACGUCAUGGUGACAAUCGCUAUUUUUGAUAUUACUUUACAGUUGUUGUAUUCCUAUGUAUUUACUUCUUGAAAAUUAUUUUUCUUAUUAGUACUUGUAAAAAUAGUAUUUGUUAAUA